AUGUUGAAUGAUGUGUGUCAGCAGAGAAAAGAUGACUCUUCUCAUCAGAAAGCAACUCAUUUCUGGCUGGGUGUGUUUGACACGGGGCUAUACCACGGUACCGUUUCUCUGGAGAGACUGAAACAGUUCUUCUGUCACACUCUGACGCAAGCUCUUACCUACAAUCCUGUGCUUGAAGCAUCAGAUGCCAUUCGCAUGCAGAGAGACUGGUGCUUUGCCAAGACGUGGCCUCAUCUGACAACUCUAUACAGAAAGCUGUUUGUACUGUUCGGCCCAGAGGAGCUGACUGCUCACUUGCGACAAGUUUUGGAGACCCACGAGGUUAACUGGCAGAACGUGCUGUCCUGUGUUUCUACACUGUUGGUCUGUCAGCCAGACACCCAACAGCAUCUGAAAGGACUGUUGGCGAAGUUGCUGAUAAAUGCCUUUGAGAGCUAUGAGUUGGAGAGUAUUAUCACUGCCUUCCUGCUGGCUCGCCAGGCAUCACUGGAGGGACCGGCUGUGUUUAUAUCUUACUCUGAAUGGUUCAAGAUUUCCUUCGGGUCUCCGAGCAGUUAUCACGGCGGCAGCAAGAAAGCUCUAGUUUUCCUGUUGAAGUUCCUGACAGACCUGGUCCCCUUUGAACCGGCACCGUACCUAAAGAUUCACAUGUUGUAUCCACCAUAUGUGGGGCCAAAAUACCGAUUGCUGCUGAUGGAAUACAUCUCUCUGGCGAAAACGCGACUUUUAGAUCUUCAGGAGUCAGUGGAGGAGAUGGGUCUGUACGAAGAUCCCUCAGCUGCUCAAGGACCACCUGAGCCGCAGUUCCAAGCUCUGCGGGAUGUUGAGAAAGCUCUGGUUCUGUUUGAAAACAGUAGAAAGAUCCCAGCCGGCAUAAUGGAGGCCAGUAUUUUCCGAAGACCAUAUUACAUGUCCCGAUUUCUACCUGCUCUGCUUACCCCACGUGUGUUGCCUCAAUUACCAGAUUUGCGCAUGGGUUUCAUAGAGUCUCUGAAAAAAGCAGAUAAGAUCCCAGCUAACAUGUACACCAGCUACAUUCAUGCAUGUGAAGAGGAGAAACAGCAGUGGCUUGAAGGAGUUUCUGUAACUGAGGAGAUGGAGGUCCCGAAGGAGCCAAUUGAAGUGUUGAAUACUGCUCUGGAAGAGCUCAGGAACCUGGUUAUGAAUCCAGGCAAUGAUGGUAGGUAGUGCUGUUGUCCUGACAGAGAGGCACUGCUUGUGGCUAGCCUGAGAGAGCACACGCUUCUAAUCGACAAGAAUUAACCACCUGAAAGGCGGGUGGAAGCAGAUUCAAUAAAUAACUUUCAA